AUGAAAUUCUUCGCCGUCUGCUUCUUCGCUGUUGUGGCUGUGGCUGCUGCCAAGCCUGGUAUUGUGGCUCCUCUGGCCGCCGCUCCUCUGGCCUAUACCGCUCCCGCUGUGGUGGGCAGUGCCGCCUACGUGGCUCCCUACGCCUCCAGCUACACCGCCAACACGGUGGCCCACAGCGCCGCCUUCCCUGCCGCCUACACCGCCGCCUAUGCCGCCCCUGCUGCCUACACCGCUGCCUAUACCGCUCCCGUCGCUGCCGCCUAUACCGCUCCAGUGGCCCGCUUUGCCGCUCCCUACGCCGCCCCCUACGCCGCCGCCUACACCUCCCCUCUGGCCUACAGCUCGCCCUAUGUGGCCAGUCCCUAUGUGGCCACCGCCGCCGCUCCUCUGUUCCUGAAGAAGUAAAUCAAUGGAUUGUGAACCCUGCCGAAAAUAAUUCCCUGUGAGCAUGUCUCAUGGCUUGGCUUUUAUUUUUCUAGACCUCAAUAAACGAUUUUAAACAUGAA